AUGUCAAAGCUGUCAAAGUGUCAUCAAUUUUUCUGCACAAAAUAUUUUGUAUGAGAAAUUCAGUCGGAUAUUUUCAUAUUUCUGUUGUGAUUUUACCGUUUAGUGUUUGAUAGCCGUACUGACACGACACGGAAAUGUCUGCCGACACCAGCAGUCUUCCAUCGGAAUUGAUUACAACACCGCUACCACUGAUCGGUUUAUCAGGCCUGGAUGUUGAUAAAAAUCCAAUACAUAAGUCGGUUCUGGAAUCGUUCAUCAACAAUCGCAAGCCAGACAGAGCUCAGAUUCAAUUCAAAUUGCUGCCGCCUAACUAUGAAUUUCCUGUGUCUAAACCGAAGAGACAGACCUACGAAUGGUAUAAUCCGAAAGGGAUCUUGAAGCGAAACUGGAUGCUCAAACAUUUACAUGUUUUGCCAGCCGUUGUAGUGCUAUUCCAAGAUAUCGAGUGGAACGAUCCACAAUGGUCGGAAAAACUUCUACAUUGUGCCUCCAUUGUCCAGUCGCUGAAGAAUUCGUUACAAGGUCGAAACACCAGAAUAGCAGUCGUACUACUUCAAAAGGAUUCGCCAAUUCCUUCCACCGAUGUUAUUGCUGUUGAACGAUCGGCUAAUUUGACCAGUAAAUGUGACAUCACUUCGAAAAUGUUGUUUGUCCUGUCAAUCAACGAACAUCUAAUGGGUUGCAUUUUACGAUUAGAGUCGGCGUUCGUUGAUUUCGGUCAGUCCUAUUACAAGCAAAUGACCCAACAGGUGCGUGUACAUCGCGAUCAAUUGACCACGUCGCAUCAGUUCCUGAAAAUUCGUCAUCAAUUCAAAUUGGGCUUCAUAGCGGAAAUGAGAUUUGACUACAGUGCCGCAUUGAAGCACUAUUCGCAGGCGUACGUCAAUUUGGAAGAAAUACGAGUGGUCGACACGAAUUGUCUUGAAAUGAAAACCGUUGCAGGCUUUCUCAAUUACAAAAUGUGCAAACUGAUGUUUCGUUUGAAUGCACCGCGAGACGCAAUCACACAGUUCAAGAGUCAUAUCGAACGGUUCAGGACACGGACCGGAUUCAAAGAGCUGAUUUUCGAGCAUUUUGGAUGGCUGAGCGCACAGUACAGCGCAUUUGCUGACCUAUUUUGUGAUGCCAUCAAAAUUGGACUACCAGCAUUACAGACUCAACAUCCCGGUCUCUACUUCCACAAAUCGGCCGAAUAUUUAGGCAAACGUAAAGAAGCGUUCCAGCAAUGCUGUGCCCAAUCGCACGGCCAAGUACUGGACGGCAAUCAAUUGUCCAACAUCUUCUGGAGCGACUUCUUUGGCGUGCGUGGAACAAAACUCAGCGAGCCAAUGAACGAACAGCAGAUGAUCAUUAUGGUUCAGGAGACGGAGAAAAGUUUUAAUCAUUCGGCCGCGAUUAUUACGCAGUUGAGUAAGGCUAUGGCUCAAUUUAAGCAUUACAAGUGUCCAAGGUUUCGGAAGAAACUUGCCAUUGACAUGGCUGAGGAAUAUUUGAAGUGUGGCGAUUUUUCAAAGUCUCUGACGCUGUACAGCUUAAUGCUCUCCGACUAUCGUGACGACAUGUGGUAUCCGGUGUUCACAGAGGUGUUGCUGAAAACAUUACAGUCCGCGUUCCUCGCAGCGUCCGUUGCCGAUUUUUUUGCUUGUAGCAUCGAGGCCUUGUCGCCGAAAAUCAAUCUGAACAAAUCAGAUCGAAUCGUUGUGCUGGAGAAUUUGUGGAAAGUUUUUCAGAACGUUCCGCCAAUAUCGCCAUCGCAAACGGCACCACAACUGAAAUCUCAGUGGGAAUCAGCUCUGUCAAAUUUUAAGCCACCGAUCGUCAUUGACAUGGACCGAAUGUCUGAUUUGCUUGAGUGCAUCGUCACAUUCGACAGUCCGCAAUGUAAACUUGAUGAAACAAUUCAGUUGCAACUGUUUCUAAGAUCGAAAUCGGAAGUUCCUUUGAAGUUGCGCAGCUUUUCGCUCUGGCUCACCGAUUCAAAUCUGAACUAUAAGCUGACAACUCAUUCGUUCGUUGAAGUGAAAUCGAAUGCGGAAAGUAAUCCGAAGGCGAUCGAUGCUGACUUUAUGGUGGAACCGAACAAGUGUUACAAAUUCCAGUUCACGGCCAAUGAAUACAAAUUUGUGGAGAACACGGAGCUGAGUAUUCUUCGUUUGGAAAUAGUCAUGGGCGCCGAUAAGCAUUAUGCCGUGUUGACCCAGAGUGCGGCACUACGCAAAGUUAAAAACUUCAAAAGUUAUAAUCCUCAUGAUGACAGCCUGGAAAGUGUGCACAUCAAUAGCAGUUGCUACAUCGUUCCGACAUUUCAUCUUACUACGCAAAAUAGUUUGUGCAAUCAACCAAUGCUCGUGAACGAGUAUUUUAAGUCAACAGCUGUGAUAACAAAUUCCUUUGACUUAGCCCUGCAAAAAGUUGGUGUUAGCAUCACCGUUCCGCCUAAUCUCCGAAACAAAGUUUUCAUCACCGUCGAUCUAUCCAAGACGCGACAAAAGCUGCACUCGCAAAUCCAAAUCGAUGUUGGCGAUCUACAGAUGAACACAUCCGUUCCAAUCCAGUAUUAUGUUGUCAGUCUGAUUGGCGGCAACAUUGAGCUACACCAGAAGCUGUGGUAUCAAAUCGACAACAUUCAAUCGGUGAACGCGUCAACCAAUAUGAAAAGCGACGUUAUCGUCGACUCGCCCGUGCACAAGGAGGCUAGCAAACCGAGUCUACAGCACAACAAAUCACAUAAUGUGAACAUCGAGUACAUCGACGAUGGGGUUAGGAAGGUGAAGGAAGACACAAUUAUCAUUCCAUGCGUUGAGGAAUUCGCGGUGCGCGGGCGAUUUUUUACGCUCAACAAGCAAGCGAUGAUUCAGGGUUUCCGGAAUGAAGACUUUUUGUUUCGCGUUGAUUUGGAGGUGAAGGCUUGGUGUGACAUCGACAUCCUGGACAUGUUUUUGAUUUGUGAUCACAACCUUAUCGAAAAACCGUACAGUAAGCAACGGCGAAAAUUCACCGUUCCAUACAAAACCGGCCAAACGAUCAAGGACAUCAAAAUUCUUCAUGCAAACAAAACUACAGCGCAGUGGGUGUCCGCUAAUCAUUUGCAGAAUGCCGACAAGGAAAAUUUACUCUUCCAACGAAUCCGGAAUAUUGACCGACCGGCACACGAAAAUGCAACAUUUCCUGCACAUGCUGUCGAAAAGGACGAUCGGUUCAAAUCGAAUUUGUUGUCGAAAAUUCCCAUCAAUUCAACCAUCGUUCCCAAUCUAAUGAACACCAGUCAAAAUCGAACGUUUGCUGAUAUGGUCAAGGGAAAAAGUUCGGAUUUAUUGACCAGUAGUUUCAACGAGACCAUCGCUGCCAAAGACGAUGCGAAGACGGCAUUGAUUAGCAAAACCAUUUACAACAAGGCCAUCGAUUCGUUCCAGUUGACCGACUACUGUCGGGGCUUUCUGAGGGAUGGCAGUUUUAGCGAAAUGAACCAUACGUUACCAGUGUUUGGCGUUUAUUGUGUUCGAUGGCGACGAAGCGGAUGCAUCGAGGAAAAUGAAACGAAGCUUAUCGUUCAAGGCAUUGAAAUCGUCGAAUCGCCGUUGAACAUUCACUGUUGCCUGGAUGAUAAAAUGUAUGUUAAAGUUCCAAUGACGCUGAAGAUAACACUGGUCAAUCCAACUGUGAAGGCGAUGCGAUUGCGAACGAGCAUGAAAAAUUCGGAGAAUUUUAUGAUUUCUGGAAAUACUCAGCUUAACAUUUCUAUCUACUCCCGAUCAUCGUUCGACCUAUCAUUUAAUCUGUAUCCACUGAAAGCCGGCUGGCAGGAAUUGCCCGAAUUUGAGAUUCGAUAUAAUAACACUCCAGACGACGAACCAAAUGUCGAUUCCAAUGCUGAAUUGCAAAGUUUAGUGGAUCGUUGGAUGCCGAAGAAGGUGUUCAUUUUGCCGAUGUUGAGACAUUCUAAGUGAAUGGUGCAUUUGCGGUUGGGUACACCACAAUUUAUGAAAAGGAUAUUUCAUCCGUAAUAUAGAUCCGCAAUGUGUCGGGUGACUGUCGGGCGUGUUUUUGUUUGUUUAUUUUUUUUUUGUUAGAAGAAUAUUUUAUGUCUAGCAUACAAUCACCAUCGGAUUACAGAAUUAUGUCAAUCGAAUAAGUUACAGAAAAUAAAUCAAUUUUAACA